AGUUGUGCGGCGUAAAUUUUCAUUCCGGAGCACGCAUUAUGGCGCUAUUUCGCAGCCUUUCAUUUUCGAAGAGAUUAUCAUAUAAUUCUGUUGCCCUCCUAUCAAUAAAACCGUACAUUGGUUUCCAACCUGAAAAUUCCUUGAGCACCAGUAGCCAAAAAAAAGCACAUUUUUAUGACAAUCCUUUGGAAGCAGUGAAAGAUAUUCCAUCUGGUUCAAAGCUACUAGUUGGAGGAUUUGGAUUAUGUGGCAUCCCUGAGAACUUGAUCUCAGGUCUCUUGGAAUCUAAAGUCAACAAUUUGACUGUUGUUUCCAACAACUGCGGAGUUGACAACUUCGGCUUGGGUCUCCUUCUAAAACAGCGACAGAUUUGCCAUGUGAUUGCCUCAUAUGUGGGUGAAAAUGCAGAAUUUGAAAGGCAAUAUCUAUCUGGAGAGAUCUUGCUGGAGCUGACACCUCAAGGAACUCUAGCUGAACGAAUCAGGGCAGGGGGAGCAGGAAUUCCAGCAUUUUUCACACCAACAGGAUAUGGAACUUUGGUCCAUGAAGGUGGGUCUCCCAUUCGCUAUGGUCCCGGCGGCAAGGUUGUGCAGCAAAGUGCCCCAAGAGAGAGCCGAAACUUUAACGGUGCAGAUUACAUAAUGGAAGAAGCUAUUACGGGAGAUUUUGCGCUAGUCAAAGCAUGGAAAGCUGACAAGGCGGGCAAUCUGGUUUUUAGGAAAUCUGCGCGCAAUUUCAACCCCACCAUGUGUAAGGCAGCUAAGAUAACAAUUGCCGAAGUUGAAGAGAUCGUUGAGAACGGUUCCAUCCCACCCGAAGAUGUCCAUGUGCCUUCCAUCUACGUCCAAAGAGUUCUCCUAGGCUCGAAAUUCGAGAAACGCAUUGAAAAAGUCACAGUAAAGAAAACCGCCGGUAGUACUUCCGCCGCUGCCACAAGUCCCGCUCAUCUGAUGAGAGAACGCAUUGUACGAAGAGCAGCUUUGGAAUUCAAAGACGGCAUGUUUGCCAACUUGGGAAUCGGUAUGCCUAUGUUGGCCAGCAACUACAUUCCGCCUGGCAUGAACGUAGUGCUGCAAAGUGAAAACGGAAUCUUGGGCCUAGGCCCUUUCCCCAAUCCGGGAGAACAAGACCCAGAUCUGAUUAACGCCGGCAAGGAGACCGUGACCGUCCUGCCAGGUGGUGCGUACUUCUCUAGUGAUGAAAGCUUCGCCAUGAUUCGUGGCGGACAUGUACAACUCACAAUUUUGGGAGCCAUGCAAGUCGCAAGUAAUGGUGACCUUGCCAAUUGGAUGAUUCCCGGACGCCUUGUGAAAGGAAUGGGCGGUGCAAUGGAUUUGGUGGCUGCACCAGGAACCAAAGUCGUCAUCGCCAUGGAACACACUGCGAAAGGCGGAGCGCACAAGAUUCUCGAAGAGUGCACACUGCCGCUUACAGGGAAGGGAUGCGUCGAUCUCAUCAUUACGGAAAAAGCCGUUUUUGAGGUGGUCAAAGAACGAGGACUCGUACUGACUGAAUUAGCCGAAGGUGUCACCGUCCAAGAAGUGGUCGACUCGACUGGCUGCAUGUUCGAGGUGUCGCCCGACCUAAAGCCAAUGGGCCAAAUCAGCGUCGACUAAGAAGAACACGUGGAAUCGAAUCACGAAAAACACAAAC